AGUGAGUGUACCUGCGGUCGUCCCCUUCUGUAUAUAACCUGACCACGAUACCCACAAAAUAAAUCUACCAAUAGAAAGAUCUAUCAGCCGUGCAUGAUUCCUUCCCGAUAUUAGAAAAUAUUGGAGCACUGCGCCGUCCAUCGGGCAGACGGAUUAACAUCAGGAAUCAGGAGCAUGCAUCUUGUGACAAAACAAAUAGAAAAUCCCUUUUCGUGUACCUUCUGUAUCCAUGAAAUAUUUUUGGAAUAAUGUCUGCACUCUCCCCCCACCCCUCUGUUCCUUUUUUCUUCCAAAUAGAAUGGGGCUCACGUCGUUGGUUUUCCUCCUUAAAUUGUUUUCCUCUUCUUUUUUGUAUUCUUUUUCUUGUCCUCCUUCUCUUCUCCUGUUCUCUCAUUUUACAACAUUUUGCCAAAACUCGUCUAUCGAUAACAAUGAUAUUAAUUUUAUCUUUACUAUUCUUAUUAUUACUAUUAUUGUUAAUGAAGAAGACGGUGCAACAUUGAUAAAUCUAUUAGAAUGUGACUUAGGUAUAGGAACAUUUGUACCAUCUGUAUUAAGUGCUACAUUAAAAAAAAGAUAUCUUAAUUAAUAAAUAACACAGUAAAUGUGAAAAAUAAAAAGCUGCGCGGUUAAAUCUUAUGUGCUACCCUGCCCCUUCCCGCCAGCCCCGCCGAGUUCGAGCCAUGGAGGCCGAUUGAUAAAUUCGAUCACACCACACACACAGAAUCCGUGAAAAUAAACAUGUGAAACGAUGAGAAUAUCAAACGCCGUCAUGGAGUCACGUGCCAUCGCGAAAGCUCCAGAGGGUCAAGGAUGUCCUCGAUGUGGAGGAUUUGUCUAUGCAGCCGAACAAAUGCUUGCUCGUGGAAGGGGCUACCAUAAACAAUGCUACAAGUGCAAAGUUUGUCUCCGGACCCUGGACUCUACGCUUCAUUGCGAUGGUCCCGAUAACGAAAUAUAUUGUCGAGCUUGCUACCCGAAGAAAUUCGGACCGCGAGGUAUUGGGCACGCUGGUGUCAUAUUCAUCGGGUUGCAGUGCGAUAUUGAGGACGAGGGUGAUGCUGCCCCCCGUACGACUGUUACUGACACUGCAUCCAUUCAAGCUCCACCUGGAAAGGGCUGUCCACGUUGUGGAGGUGUAGUCUUUGCCGCUGAGCAAGUUUUAGCUAAGAGUCGUGAAUGGCACAGAAAAUGCUUUAAGUGUCGGGACUGCAAUAAGACCCUUGACUCAAUAAUCGCUUGCGACGGACCUGACAAGGAAGUUUAUUGCAAAACCUGCUACGGAAAGAAAUGGGGACCUCAUGGAUAUGGAUUUGCCUGCGGUUCCGGAUUCCUUCAGACAGAUGGGCUCACUGAAGAGCAGAUUUCUAACAGCCGCCCAUUCUAUAACCCUGACACCACCUCAAUCAAAGCACCAGCCGGCCAAGGAUGUCCACGUUGUGGUGGAAUGGUAUUUGCUGCGGAACAGCAGCUGGCGAAAGGCACAAUGUGGCACAAGAAAUGCUUCAACUGUUCUGAAUGCCACCGACCACUAGACUCUAUGCUGGCGUGUGAUGGUCCAGACAAGGAAAUUCACUGCCGUGCCUGCUACGGCAAAUUAUUCGGACCUAAGGGAUUUGGAUUUGGUCACACUCCGACUUUAGUUUCAACGGACGGCGAUCAUGCACCAUCAUAUAUCGAUUCUAAACCUCAGCUUGGUACGAAGAAGAACGACGGACACGGAUGCUCUCGGUGCGGAUACCCAGUGUACGCUGCAGAGCAAAUGAUUUCAAAGAACAGAGUAUGGCACAAGAGGUGCUUCAGUUGUGGAGGCUGCCAUCGUUCCUUAGAUUCAACGAAUCUCAAUGACGGACCCGAUGGCGAAAUUUACUGUCGUGGUUGCUACGGCAGGAACUUCGGCCCAAGGGGAGUAGGUUUUGGAAUGGGUGCAGGUACCCUCACGAUGGCCUAGACCUAAGCUACUGUAGGAUUAGAUCUGACUAUCAUAGUCGAACAAGACGAACGAUUAAUAUUUUAACUAUCUUUCUUUACUCCAUAUUUGAUCACAUUAAAAAGCGCGAAGCGUCAAAUAAGAAAUGCACGAACGAUCAGCACGGCUAUGAAGGCCACGAAAGCCACCGAAAGACGAUGGAAGAACGUUAGUGUACAAUCAUUUUUACCCAUCCCUUAUUUUAAUAUCGAUCCCUCUUUUUUUGUUAAUCCGUUCUUCUACCAACACGAUUCACGCAUUGCCGUAAUUGAAGACUUUUUGAUUGGGCAGCAACUGCGUUCUCGACGAAAAUAAUCUACUUUUUCGAAUAAAGUAGUUUGAUUAUGCUGAUGCUUACGAAUAGAAAGGAAAUGGAUUUUCCUCUGCACUCUCGCUAUCAGCAUGUCGAUAGGAGAGUGUAUAAGUGAAAUAAAAUUAGCCACUAACCUGGUUAGUUUUCUUUCAGUUACUUCACUGACCUUAACCGCUCUUGAAUCGCGAAAUUUUAAGGAUAAUUCUAUUAAAGAGCAGUGCUUAUUGAUAGACUCUUUUGAUUGAAUAAAUAUCAUCUGAGUCACCGAUUUCGCGAAAUUUCACUGUAUAUUUCUAAGGCCAAUCUAACAAAGUAACGUGAUCGUGAUCCAAAAGUUGGAUCGACUGGAAAUGUGUCGCAUCAUUUCAUUGAUCAAGAUAUUAAGAUAUUUUUAUGUACCUACGUCGCGAAAGCGAUAAUUACUUAAAAUAAAUAUAUCAUUAAAUAAAAACAAAGGACUGAAACAGCCGCUAGUCGUCCACAGACUGCUUCGUUUGGCUAAUCGACAUUCCGCUGUCCAGGGGCGAAGGAGAAGGGGGUCGACCGGUGGCGAUGUGAUUCUCGAAUUAAACGAGCGCUGCCGGUCGUCAGGUUUCGUUACUAAAUAUUACACAUUAGUCUGCUUUUUCGAUUUUUUUUUAUAUCCGACAGUGUUAUCGAUGAGACAGAUGACGGCCUUGGACAAUAAACUUUCUUCUUCGACAAACGAUUUUUGAUUUUUUAACUCUCCUUUUUGUAUCUUGAAUUGCUCUGGGAUGACACUUGCACAAACUUAAGCAGUUGAAAAUGUUCAAACCAUAUUUGGUUUAUUUUUAAUGAUUUUUAACUAAGGGAAUUUGAUUUUCUUAUUCUCUUCAUUGUAAAGCAAUAGCCUAUGAAUUCUGUCUCAAGGCAGGGAAGGGUAGUAAGCACGGAUAUGGUGUAAAACACUAAUUUUAUAUAUUUAUAGCAACAACUGUACAAGUUCCGGUCACAUAUAAUGAUAUACUUAAUCAUAUGUAUACUUAUUCGUUAAUCACCAGUGGCGGAGUGAUUCAGCGUCGGCCUCUCUUCUUCGGCGUCCGUCAGCACGGAAGUCAACAAUGAAAUAUUUUCUGGUCUCGUUGCUACCACGCAAUUUCUAACUUCUAACUUAUAAGUUUAGCGAGCGCCUAUCACUGGAACUCCAUUCGCCCUAUGCGGAUAGAUUUUAACAAGGAAUACAAGAUCACGACACCUCAUGUUAUACUUAGACUAAGUUAGGCUAUGAUCAAUAAACAGGUUAAAG